AUGGGUAUUAAUCCAAUGAAGUGGAAAACCAGAAGUCUGCUGUACACUAGUUUAAUACUUAUAAUUUUCUAUGUACUCUUUGUGUAUAAGAAGAAACAUUAUGUACAAGUCGAAGGUAUAAUAAAAAAUUCAGAUCCUAUACACGUACGGGAGUUUAUUGCAGAUUUUAGUAACAUAAAAAAAUUAAAUCCAACAAUAGAAGAAUUUGAUAUUAUUACGGAAGGCGGUACAGCAGACCAUUGGAAAUAUUCAGUUGAAUAUACCGAACAUUUGAGUUAUUUACCAAUUCGAAAUACAGCGCGUGGGCAUUAUGACGUAUUUACAGAUAAAAAUGGAUAUUUGAUUACUUCGAAACACCAAACAUGUUUUUUUUCUGGAUUUGGAUGCUUAGAAUCGAUCUCGCAAUUCAGAUUCGACGUAGAUGGAGCCACAGAUACGAAAUGUAUCGAAACGGUACAGUAUGAAUGUCCAAUCGUAUUUUCAUUGCUAUGUUACAAAGAAGUUAUGUACCAACGAGAAGAAAUUAUGAAAGGGUUGAAAUCGAAAUUUUCAGUGACUAAAACUUAAUAAUUGAUACUGAUAAUAUGUAUUAAUAAUUCUUUAUUUCAAUAUUAUUGUA